AUGGAGGAUAAAGGAACCCGUAAGGAUAAGUGUUUACAUUUUAUUUACUGGAUUUAUGAAGAAGCAAGGAAAAUAAUUAAUAAAGAUCCAAAAUUUACAAAUGCAGAUUUUAUAUCUAUAUUUCGUGAUGUGCAAAGGAAGAUCUAUGAAGGAAAUAAUAAAUUAUAUUACUGUGAAAUUUAUUUUGAUGAUACUUUGGAUAAAUGGAAGGAACAGAAAGUCCUGCAUGAUUAUUUUAGAAAUUAUGAUAAAAUUAAAUUAGAAAAUUCAUCCGAUAGGAGUAAAUGCCAAAAGUAUAAUAAAUAUAUUGACUUUAUAAGAAAAAUAUAUAAGAAGCAUGCACAGGAGGAAGGAUGCUGCGAAAAUUAUCAUAUCCAUUAUUGGAACCACUGCGACUAUUUUAAAUGCCACGAUAUGUAUAAUCCUAAUAAAAUUACACUUAAAAUGAACUGUGAUAAUAAGCAAGCUAGUGAUGACCCUGAAGUGGAACGUUUCGCCAAAAGCAUUAAAAAAGUAGACUCUAAAAUAUUCCUAUUAGAAAAUAGCAUGAUUGUAAAACCUGCAAAGUGUGUCAAAACUUAUAAUGAAACCAAACAGCACGAAGGUUAUAGCUGUUUGCUUCCAGAGUACCCAGAACAAACAAAACAAGAUACUUCACAGAGUAAUUCUCAUAAAAAAGUCGAUUUAGGCAAGUAUAUAUCUGUAAUUGACAUGUCAACCUACAAAAAUGUUUCAGAAAUAAAAAUUCAGGAUAAUAAAAAUCAGUAUAAUUAUGACAGGGCAACAUCAGAAAUUAUGACUCUUUUUACUGAAGUCCCACAGGCAGUACGUAAGGCAUACAGAAAGAGGAAACAUCUUGAAUGCUCAUAUGAAGAAAAUGGAAAUGGAAAGAAAGUAUUAUGCAAGAUACCAGAAAAUCCAAUCCAUGAAGAGCCAGAACGAAUACCUAUUAUAACAACUGUGAAAGGGAGUGUUUAUGAGAGUGACCUAGUAGUGGAAUCAAAUGUGUUGGAUAAAAACUAUACUAGGAUAGCUGUGGUAUUUAUACUAGCGCUGGCAGCAUUGCUGAUUUUUUUUAUUUACUAUAAGUAUAAGUAUUUUACGUCUCGAUUUAUGUCUCAAUUUAUGUUUCUUUACUGA